AGAAAGGGAAGUUAACCUGAACAGAACCCCCACCUCAGUAUGUAGAGACAAAAAUGACGAAAAAUAUGUCACUAUGACGUGCUGGUGGUCGUUGCUUCCUACUUGUAUUUAAGGAAGUUCUCGAAUAUACCCCAUCUCCAGGGAACAUAGAUUAAUCUUAAUAUGGCGGCGGUGGGGAGUCAAACUUUCCUUUCUGAUCAAAUGGCACUUGACUUAAUCUUUCGACUUAAGACACCUGUUAAUUAAAAUCAGCAGGUUUCGAACACUCUGGGGUUUACUUUGGUCGUCGGAAACAAACUGUUAUUCUGGGCUCCGUUUUGAUGAGCAAACCCGGGGCUUCCCUCGAAGUUGAUGGUCGCUGACAUUGCUGUUAUUCUAACCGCUGGUGUCAUUUUAUUGGCAAAAACGACAGGAAAGCGGUUGUUUUAGUCAGGAUAGAAGAUCGUAGAUUUUUCCACUGUGGACGUUCCUUUUACCUUUCCUAAGAUAGUAUAUCGUUCCACUGGACGUUAUCGUUACCUUUCCUGUCAGGACAAUUACAUAGGUGGUGUUGGAUGUCACUCUCAGCCAAUAUAAGGCUGAAUUUGGUUUGCUAGCACCGUUGAUCCUGGCAAAUCAAAUGGAGAAGCUUCCAGACUUGAGCAAAUCAGAGCUUCAGGAACUUCUGGAUAACCCGGAAAGGGUGGAGUCUAUGGCUCAGGAGUCUGACGAGAUCCAAAACAUCCAGCUGGAGAGAGAGAUGGCCUUGGCGUCCAAUCGCAGCCUUGCAGAGCAAAACCUGGACAUGAAGCCAUGCUUGGAGUCGCAAAGGCAGGUUCUGGUGGAGAGAUACACACAGCUGGAGGCCAUCAGAGAGCGCUACAAAGAGCACGCCUCUAUAAUAGAUGGCAUGGUUGGUAAGGUGUCUCCAGAAGCACUGUUCUCCAGGCUACAGACAGAGGGCAGCAAAGCAGAAACAGAAUCAGAGGUUUUAGCUGAUGCAUUCCUGGAGGGCUCGCUGCCGUUGGACUCAUUCCUUGACCGGUUCCUUGUUCUACGUUGCCUAGCUCACAAAAGACGGGUGCGGAUAGAGAAGUUCCAGGAGAUCUUGCGACAGAAAAGAGAGGGUAAUCCCACAGUUUUGACACCAUCAACAGGUAUCAGCCAACCUGUCAAUCAGUGGAACCCACAGACCCCAACAACAACAAACCAGCAGCAGGCAAACCCCAAAUGCCAGACCUCCAACUACCGUAAUAUCGCCCAGCCUGUUCCUUCAUCUGCAGUUGGCUCAUGUGGUCUCCCCUAUAAUCAAUAUCCUGUUUCUCCUUCCAAUGCCCCCCCACCAGUAGCGCUAUUGGCAGCGGGCUCUGACCCUGUCGUUCCCUCAUCACAGGUCCCUUCAUAUCCAGGCUCUGGCUCUCCUUUCUCCCCAGCAGGUUGCUACACUGGCCCCGGGUCAGCGUUCAAACCUCUGCCGUCAGUCCAUUGCCCUUAUCCAACCCAGUCCUCUUUUCCUGUCCCAAACCCGGGCUCGGCUUUUGGCCAAUACGCACCAAACCAGAGCAAUACAGCACUAUACCCAGCUUCAUACAACUAUGGUGGUUACAGUUAUCCAUCCAAUUCUCAAUCACCAACUGGAAGUCCCAUUUACAGACCAGGAUAUGGAGUUUCACAGCCAUAUUCUUAAAAGUACCUACUUUUUUAAUCUUUCUGAAUUCUUAAUUUCACGUACUUUACUUCUUCCCCUUCUUACCAAAUUAUCACUAAUCACUGCUUCCUCCUCCUCGUCUUUCUGUCAAUCACCAUUCCCCCUCUUCCUCUCCUGAUUUUUAGAUUCUGUGCUAUUCUGUAUUUUAACAUUUUGAAGUUCAUUUUCCUCACCCGUCUGGCACUCUGUUGAAGUAUCUGUAUGUGUGAUAUUACUGAUAUUCCGAACAAGUGCUUUACAAAACACUACAGUACAUCUUUGUCCAGAUGUUAUUAAAAUUCACUGAGAGAA